ACAGCGUGCAAAUGUAGAAAGUGGAUGUUUGGUAGUUGUGCCCAGUCCCCGCAUAACUUUGAGCUCAGUGGUUGCCUUCUUGCGGUAGCUAUGUUUUUGCAAAAACUUGAAGAUGAUUUGGCAUUUGUAACUGUCAGUUGGUGUGGGAGUCAGGCAGGCAUUGGACCGUCGAGAUGUGCAGCCUGAUUCUCAUCGAGGCACAGACCAUGAGCCUCCAGGGGACAGCACUCUUCUCCUGCGGAGUCAUGGAGACCGGCAGCAGGUGGCGUGACGUGGGCAUGGGUCUGGCCCGGGGGGGCUGUGGAGCCCUGCAUCACCAGAGACCCUCGGUGGAGUCCAGCAGCCUGGAGAACCUGUGGGAUGUCCUGCCCUCUGAGGUUCUACCUCACCACUACUACCAGUGCCCAGUCCGCUGGGGGGGCAGAGACGCAGGACAGGGUCCCACCAGCAUCACCUCCACCGGACUGGUCCCCAUCCCCGCCCCAGGCACCAUCACCAGCCUGCUACAGGAUCUGAGCCUGGGUGAGGCGUCAGCCGCUGCAGCCUCCUCACCCUCCGCCGCUCCACCCUCCAAGCGCCAGUGCCGCUCCCUCUCCUGCUCAGAGGACCUGGGAGGCUGUCGGUCGGCCUGGAGGCCCCAGGGGUCCCGGGUGUGGACGUCUGUGGCGAAGAGGCGAUGCCACAGUGGAGGAAGUGUCCAGAGAGGAGUUGCAACAGGAGGGACACGCUCUCAGCAGCUAGGGUUCCCUGCCAUGCAGCGUAGUGCCAGCUUCAGCCUGCCAGCUCGCUCCAACACCCUCUCCCUGGAUCUCCCUGGCUUCACCCAGGAGAAAUGCCUCCCCUGCCCUUCCUCCUUCAGCGGCCUGGCCCCCACCUCCUACUCCUCCCUGUCCUCAGAGCCCCCCAGGCCCUUCCUCUACCUCUCUCACGGACAGAUCUGCCUCCCAGAGAUCCAGGGAGGCCCGGCGUCGCCCCUGAGCUCCCCAGACUCCACCCCAGAGAUGGAGCGCCGUGCUGGGAAGGGUGGGCUGGCCCGGAGCCGCUCUCAGCCCUGCGUCCUCAACGACAAGAAGAUGAGUGUGAAGCGGAGGAGACCAGCUGACUCACACAGACAGAGGCCUUCUCUGGACCUUGCCAAGAUGACACAGAAACGUCGGAAUUUCCAAAGCCUCAGCUGCCCUGGGAUCACUGGGGACACCAGCUAUCAAUCAACCCAGGGCCCGCCCCCUCAGAGGACCACUGACCAAUGUGAGACUGACUUCGCCUCUGCAGGCAAUCAGGGAUUGGACGAUCCAACCGCCAGCUCCAAAGAGGGCGGAGUCAUCACUAGUGUCUCUGGGGAGGAGGAUCCAGCCACCUCCAUCGAGGAGCUGGAUUGGCUGAGCUCCGCGGUCUGCGAUGACGUGACAGCAGGGGCAGCCACUGGCACCAGGAAGGAUGUGUAUCAGCUGGGAGGAGAUCUGGACAUCGAUCAGAUCGAGAGGAACUGAACCGGGUCGUGUUCACAAGGCACCAAACGGAAGAAAAUACUGAAAAAUGUUACAUUCAUAUUUUCCCGAUUUUAACAUGACCGUGAACUAUACUUACCACCCUCAGGCGA